UUGAGACACUGACGGGAUUUCUCCCGCAGACUGACUCGCUCGCGCGCCCCGGUGCUUCGGUCCCGCCAUGGGCUGCACGUUGAGCGCGGAGGAGCGCGCGGCGCUGGAUCGGAGCAAAGCAAUCGAGAAGAACCUGCGCGAGGAUGGAGUGAGCGCCGCCAAACAAGUGAAACUCCUGCUGCUCGGCGGCGGGGAGUCGGGGAAGAGCACGAUUGUCAAACAGAUGAAGAUUAUCCAUGAAGACGGUUUCAGUGGAGAUGAUGUGAAGCAGUUUAAACCCGUCGUCUAUAGUAACACCAUUCAGAGUCUGGCCACAAUUCUGCGAGCUAUGGAGACCCUCGGCAUUGAGUACACCGACAAGAGCAGGGCUGCUGAUGCGAAGCUGAUCUUUGAUGUGGUCAGCCGAAUGGAGGACACAGAGCCCUACUCUCCCGAACUGCUUGGGGCUAUGAUGCGUGUGUGGAAAGAUGGUGGGACUCAGGCCUGUUUCGGUCGCUCGCGAGAAUAUCAGCUCAAUGAUUCAGCGCAAUACUACCUGGACAGUUUGGAGCGCAUUGGGUCACCAGACUACCUGCCCACUGAGCAGGAUAUUCUUCGGACACGCGUUAAAACUACUGGCAUUGUGGAGACGCACUUCACUUUCAAGAACCUCAACUUCAGGCUGUUCGAUGUAGGGGGACAGAGAUCAGAGAGGAAGAAAUGGAUCCACUGCUUCGAGGAUGUGACAGCCAUUAUCUUUUGUGUAGCACUGAGUGGCUAUGACCAAGUGUUACACGAAGAUGAGACAACGAACCGUAUGCAUGAGUCUCUCAUGCUCUUCGACUCCAUCUGUAACAAUAAGUUCUUUGUCGACACAUCCAUCAUCCUCUUUCUCAACAAAAAGGAUCUUUUUGGGGAGAAGAUCAAGAAAUCUCCAUUAACUAUAUGCUUCCCAGAAUAUACAGGUGCAAACACAUACGAAGAUGCAGCGGCGUAUAUACAGGGGCAGUUUGAGAGCAAGAACCGUUCUCCAAACAAAGAGAUCUACUGUCACCUGACAUGUGCGACUGACACAGGAAACAUCCAGGUGGUCUUUAACGCCGUCACUGACAUCAUCAUCGCUAACAAUCUGCGUGGCUGUGGCCUGUACUAAGUCCCUGCCUCAUCAGGCUCCGAUUGGUUGAUACUGAGGUGUGAUUGAACUGAAGCCCCAUCCCUUUGGCCACAGCACUCCCCUACUUCGCUGUCCUUUUUCUGUCAUCUGGUCAGAAUGUUCACCUUUUUCAACGGUUUUGUUUUGUAGCUUGUCUAUCUAUGUUUAUAUUCUUGGUUGAGGAAAAAAAUGGGUAUGGCUGUACAUCUGUAGGGUAAACAGUGUGGGCUUGGGCGUAGCUUGGGCACAUGCGGGUAUGAAUGUAAGUCACUAUGAAUGAGUAUCUGAUAGUCACACAACAUUCUCUGAAGCUUACGCGGCGCAGAAAACCACAAAAUGCAGAUGCAAAAGUAGCAUGAUCACCUAAAACCUCUCAGGAUCCCAGCGGGGUCGGCUUCUCUUGUAGCUUAUUCUUGUUUAAUAAUAUCUGAGAAAUACUGGACGACUGUGAAUGAAACAUUCGCCUGACUGUUCAUGUGAUUGAGCUGAAUGUCAUUUCAAACACUGAAUGUUGCUCAGAGGCAGCUCACAAGCCAGAGUCAUGCGUGAACUUGGUGUCGCCUCUGAAAGAGUUUCCACCCGACGGCUUCAGGCUGUGGAAUACGACACUGUGCAACAAAUGAAUUCCCUAAGCAGUGCGAUGUCAACAGCGUUCUCACUCUCCAUGAGCACAGGUAGUAAAAAUCAAGCUCGGUUCUUUGUAAAUGAUUCUAUAUAUUUGUUUAUUUAUUAUUUAUUUAUUCAAUGAUUUCUAUAAAUAUCAAUGUAUGUGUUUACAUGUUUUGUAUAACCUACCCUUCACAUAACCUCUUCAUUUAGAAUUAUUUAGAUUAUGAAUACAAACCAAAUCAUUGCAUCGACAGCUAUAUAACCAGCUUUAGAGGGAAAUAAACUUACCGUAUAGAAACUGCACUCUUCAAGUCAUAUUCAACUACAUUUUCGGAUGACUGCGUUAUUGUCUGUCUCUUUAACUCACUUUCUUAAUGGUCUGUGUGUGUGUGUGUGUGUGUGUGUGUGUGUGUGUGUGUGUGUGUGUGUGUGUGUGAGGGUAUGAGAGAGAGAGAGAGAUGCAUACACUCUUUCUUUUUACUGCUGACCUGAUGCUUAACCCAGACUUCUUUUCUCCACCUGUCUUCUCUUUCUCAGCUGUGAAUGUUUUUGUGUGUACUGAAUGCUGACUCUCCCUUGGGGUAUAUUACAUUGUACUGCUGGUUUAAUCUGACCAACUGAUGAAAUGUUUACAUUAAAGCCACAGUUUAGCACCAUC